AUGGGAUUUCUCGGGCAGCUCUUUGGUCUUGGCGGCAAGGGCACCGUGCUCGUCACCGUCGACAAGCCGUACUACAUUUCCGGCGAGCUCAUCACCGGGUCGCUCCACGUCGACAUCCUCGAGCCCAUUGAGUGCAAUGAGGUCGUCGUGCUCGUCAACGGAAAAGAGCGCGUGCGCUGGACAGAGCAGCACACCGUGACGCGGGACGGGAAAUCCCAUACAGAGACAAGGACGUUCUCCGAAGGCCGCGAAUUUUUCAAGUCCAAGCUCGUGCUCUUCAACGUCCAGCAACACUUGUCCCCUGGAAAAUACAUAUACCCGUUCCAGUAUCAGCUGCCAACGGGGCUUCCCGGGUCGUUUGACAAUGAAAACCACUCGAACGUCAAGGGCAAGAUCGAGUACGCAAUCAAAGGCACGCUGUGCAUCAACGGUGUCUUCACGCGCGACCUCAAGCACCGGCAGCGACUCGUCGUGUACGCGCAGCUCGCGGGCGUUGUUGUCCCCGUCCUGGCCGAGAAGACGCAAAUCAUUCGCUUCCUCUGCUGCUUCAACAAGGGCCAAUGCGAUCUACGCGUCUCGAUGGACAAAAACAUGUACGGCCCCGGCGAAGUGCCCCAGAUCCACUGCGAGAUCCGAAAUCAGUCGUCGCGCGACAUUGUAGCAAUGCGAUCCGAGCUCGUCCGCGUCGUUGAGGUCCACGCGGACGGCCGGAACCGCGUCCUGCGCAAAACCAUUUGCUGCGCAACGUUUCCCGGCGUCCCCGCGGGCCAGUCGCUCUCGCAGCCGCAGUCGUUCCAACUGAUCGGCAACGGCAUGUACCCGAGCACUCGCGGACAAAUCGUCUCGGCUCGCUACUGCGUCGAAGUGACGUGCGAUAUUCAGUGGUGCCCGGACGUCGAGCUCCUCCUACCAAUCGCUCUGGGGGCACCCAUCCUCGUCCCUAUCGUGAUGGCACCCACCCAGUGA